AUGUCUUCAGAAGAAAUUUUGCAGGGAGUAGAAGAUAUACACCUCAGCACUUCAUCAGACUCAGAUAGUGAAUAUGAGUUUGAAGAAGAGACCAAGACAAAAAGUUUGCAGCUGAGCUCUCAAACAAUCACUGAGAAGGAGGAUAUAGUCACAAAAUAUGCAGACAAAAUUAAAACAGAUCCAAUAAAAAAGGGACCAAAAAUAACCAAAGAUAGAGCUAAUAGGGCCACAGUUGAACAAGUUUUGGAUCCACGUACACUUCGAUUUUUAGCUAAGAUUAUAAAUAAGGGUACUAUUUCAAGAAUUAACGGAUGCAUAAGUACUGGAAAAGAGGCCAAUGUGUAUCACGGGACCAGCGAUGACCCAGACAACGAUAGAGAAUACGCUGUCAAGAUUUACAAGACUUCUAUUUUGGUAUUUAAGGACCGUGAGAGAUAUGUGGAUGGGGAAUUUAGAUUUAGAAACACAAAGAAUCAGAGUAAUCCGAGGAAAAUGGUUAAAGUGUGGGCCGAGAAGGAGUUUAGGAACUUGAAACGAAUCUACCAGAAUGGAAUACCGUGUCCUGAACCAAUUGAAUUGAAGUCUCAUGUUUUGGUUAUGGAGUACUUAACAAGAGGAGAUGGACAACCAUCGCCCAAAUUGAAGGAUUAUCCAUUUAAGGAUGUACAAGAUAUUGUCACAUAUUAUCACAAGAUGUUGUUUUAUAUGAGAAGAUUAUACCAGGAAUGCCGAUUAGUACAUGCAGACUUAAGUGAGUAUAACUCAAUCGUGCACAAGGACAAUUUAUAUAUUAUUGAUGUUUCGCAAUCGGUAGAGCCAGAACAUCCCAUGGCACUUGAUUUUUUACGAAUGGAUAUCAAGAAUGUUAAUGAUUUUUUCAGCAGAAGUAAGAUAAAUGUGUAUCCUGAACGUUUGAUAUUUCGAUUUAUUACCUCUGAGGGACAUUUAUUGGGAAUUACUGAUAACAGCGACCAGGAAUUGGAUAAAUAUCUAGAGACAUUGCCAUUGAAAACAGAGGAUGAUCAGGAAGUUGAGGAUGAAAUUUUUAGAUCAUUACAUUUGGUUAGAUCUUUGAAUAAUUUAGAUGAGAGAGAUUUUCAGAAAUUCUCUGAAGGGAAAGUAGAUACAAUGAAAGAUCUUGUUGCUUUGAAGCAAGGCGAGAUUGAACCCUCUGGUUUACAAGACAUUAAUGGUAAGGAAGCUGAUAGUUCUGAGGAGGAAGAUAAUGAAGAUGAAUCUGAAGAAGAGGAAGAAGAAUAUUCUUCUGAAGAUGACGAUGAUGAUGAAGUCGAUGGUGUGUCUGAAAAGGAAUGGGUUGAACGUGAACAAAAUGCUCCAAAGGGUAAGAAAUACGAAGACAAAGACGAGAAAAAGGCUAGAAAAGAGGCAGCAAAGUUGGCCAAGCAAGAGAAAAGGAAAACAAAAAUGAAGAAGCACAUUAAGAAAAAGAUCAUAAAUAAGCGUAAAACAGGUAAAUAG